AUGGUGAAGACUUUUAGCAAGGACGAUGUUGCGUCGCAUAGCAAGGGCGAUAGCUUGUGGAUUGUGAUUGACGAGGACGUCUACGACGUCUCCCAAUUUCAAGAUGAGCACCCGGGUGGGAAGAAAAUUCUCCAGCGCGUUGCGGGAAAGGAUGCCUCCAAGCAAUUCUGGAAAUACCAUAAUGAGGGUAUUUUGAAGAAGUACAAGGGCCAGCUGCAGAUCGGCUCGUUGGAUACCAAGAAGCAGCCCGAGCCCGCUCCGGCCCCGGCCCCUGCCCCAAAGAAGGCUGAGUCCACGCCUCAGCCGCAAACCUCGGGCGAUCUCAAGCCCCCGGCGACUGCCGAGCCGCAAGAGCCCUAUGGCGACUUGAUUCCCUUCGCCGAUCCCUCGUGGUACCAAGGUUACUCUUCACCUUACUUUAACGAAACCCACGCUGCUCUCCGCGAGGAAGUCCGCCAAUGGGUCGAGACCGAGAUCGAUCCCUACGUCACCGAGUGGGAUGAGGGCAAGGAGGUGCCCCCGCAUAUCUACAAGCAGAUGGGCGAGCGCGGCUACUUGGCCGGCUUGCUCGGUGUGAAAUACCCUGAGCAACAUACUCCAUUCCGGGUACAGUCUGUGUCCCCGGACCGAUGGGAUCUGUUCCACGAGAUGCUGCUCACAGAUGAGCUGUCCCGUGCUGGUAGCGGUGGCUUGGUCUGGAACUUGAUCGGUGGUUACGGUAUUGGUUGCCCGCCUUUGGUCAAGUUCGGCAAGAAGGCUCUCGUUGAUCGAAUCCUUCCCGGUAUCCUGGCUGGCGACAAGCGUAUUUGCCUGGCCAUUACCGAGCCCGAUGCGGGAAGUGACGUUGCUAACCUCGGCUGCGAGGCUAAGCUGAGCGAGGAUGGCAAGCACUACAUUGUCAACGGCGAGAAGAAGUGGAUUACGAAUGGUAUCUGGGCCGAUUACUUCACCACCGCUGUUCGCACAGGCCCCGACGGCAUGAACGGUCUUAGCGUCCUUCUGAUCGAGCGCUCGGAAGGCGUCAGCACCCGCCGCAUGGACUGCCAGGGUGUUCUGAGCAGCGGAACAACCUAUGUCACCUUCGAAGAUGUCAAAGUCCCCGUCGCGAACCUGAUUGGCAAAGAGAACGGCGGCUUCAAGGUGAUCAUGACAAACUUCAACCACGAGCGUAUCGGCAUCGUAAUUCAAUGCUGCCGGUUCGCCCGCGUCUGCUACGAAGAAUCAGUCAAAUACGCCCACAAGCGCAAAACGUUUGGCAAGCGCCUCAUCGACCACCCCGUCAUCCGUAUGAAACUCGCUCACAUGGCCCGUCAGAUCGAAGCCACCUACAACUGGCUCGAGAACAUCAUCUUCCAGUGCCAGUGCAUGGAAGAAACCGAAGCCAUGCUCAAGCUCGGCGGUGCCAUUGCCGGCCUGAAGGCCCAAUCUACGCAGACCUUUGAAUUCUGCGCUCGCGAGGCGAGUCAGAUCUUCGGUGGUCUCAGUUAUAGCCGCGGUGGCCAGGGAGGCAAGGUUGAAAGACUGUAUCGGGAUGUGAGGGCCUAUGCUAUUCCUGGUGGCAGUGAGGAGAUCAUGCUGGAUCUUAGUAUGCGACAGAGUUUGCGUGUGCAUGGGAUGUUUGGUAUGAAGAUAUAG